AUGUCGCCUUCAUCCGGGGCUCUCGUCCAUACCCUCAGCCAUAACUGGCUAGGCAAGGCGGAUCUUGCGGUUCAGUCGGUUUUACUCACAGGUGGGGUAAUUGCUGUUGCCUUGCGGUUGUGGUCGAGGCGAUUAUUGGGCGUUUCAUGGGAAUGGACUGACUGGCUCGUCUUGGUUGCUUUGAUUGUCGCCCUAGGUCGCUACAUAGCAGAGCUACUUCUUGUAUUGCUCUGUGGACUGGGACUUCACACUGAAGAUGUUGCAAAGCUUGGAGGUGAUGAUAUCUUGAUUCGGUUUCGCAAGAUCACAUUUGCCGGCGAGCUCUUAUGGAUUACAGCUCUUGCAUUGAUUCAACUGUCUAUCCUUCACUACUACCUCCGCCAGUUCCAGCAUCGAAUAAUUGUAUUGUUGACCUAUACAACGAUUGGUAUAUGCUCCGCUUUCUGGAUUGGAAGCUUCUUUGCUACGACAUUCUCCUGCACUCCAGUCAAAAAGGCAUGGCUCUCCGAUACAGCUGGUCACUGUGGCAACACAAAACAGCUACAUCUAAGCUCGACAGUGAGCGAAGGAAUUGUUGAGGCAUUCAUCCUGUGUCUACCAAUUCCAAUUCUCUUUCAUUCGCAACUCCCCACUCCUAGGAAAGUAGCAGUGGGUGGGAUAUACCUCUUGGGAUUUAUUAUCAUCGCCACAACAUUGAUCCGCAUAAAAACAUACUCCGAACUCAACAUAAACGACACCCUCUAUACCUCCGCACGAAAUUCUCUCUUAUCAUGCGUCGUGCCUCUACUUGGCGUUAUCGUCGCCUGUCUACCGAUCAUACCACCAGCCAUCCACAGAAUAUUCGGCACAGCCAUCUUCCUAUCUCCAUCAGAUAGUAUGACUACCUACGGCUAUAGAGCUUCCGGGUAUUACAAAACGACAGUUCUAUCCGGUACCCAGAUGGAGGAGCCUGAGAUUCCCUUAGUCUCAGUUAGACAACCUCCCAUGGCGAAGAAAUUAUCUGAGUGGUGUCAUGGACAGAUCAAAAUUACUUCGGAUUGGGAGAUUCAUUCUACGAGGAACUCGGCUAGAAUGGAUAAGGAUUCGAUACGUAGAGCUUAA